AUGGCUUAUGUUUUACAGUAUGUGGACAAGAAUGAGCAUGUAGUUGAACGUUUUGUGGGUCUAGUGCAUGUUUCUGAUACCACUUCCAUCUCACUCAAGAAGGCGAUUGAUGUUUUAUUUUCUAGACAUGGGUUGAGCAAUUCUAGAUUACGAGGGCAAAGUUAUGAUGGGGCUAGUAAUAUGCGAGCUCUCAUGGGUAUGGCAAAAAAACAUGAGGAUAUUGUUUCUCUUUUCACUUUUGUUGCUAAUCUUAUAAAUGUAGUUAGCGGUUCAUGUAAACGUUGUGAUAUUCUUCGAGAGAAGCAAGCUUCUAUAGUUAUCGAGGCACUUAACAAUGUUAUUGUUACUGUACUUGAGACACUUACAGAUGAAGAGUCAUCAAAAAAGAAGUUUAAAAAUUAUAUUGCGGAUAUGCGUUCUAAUAGCGAGUUUGAAGGAUUAAAAGGGAUUGGUGACCUUGUAAAAAAAUUGGUGGAAACCAAAAGAGACAAGGUACAUUCACCAGUUUAUUUGCAUGUGACAUUAGCGUUGAUCCUACCAGUUACAACUGCUAGUGUAGAGAGGGCAUUUUUUGCUAUGAAUAUCAUGAAGAACCGAUUGCGCAACAAGAUAGGAGAUGAAUGGAUGAGUGAUAGCCUGAUAAUAUAUAUUGAAAAGGAAAUAUCUAGUGGCAUAGAUAAUGAAGUUAUCAUACGAUGUUUUCAAAAUAUGAAAAGUCGUCGGGGACAAUUGUGA